GUUUGGUUUGUGUUUACAGCAGUCUGAGUUCUAUUGCUGGUUAAUGUAAUACGAUGUUAUGUCAACCAUCUUCGGAAUAAACGCACGUUGUGGACACAGGUGAUUUUACUCAUUAAAAAAACCUCAUUCAUGAAUGCGCCUGAAGGCUUGGUUUAGCAGUCAUGGAUGACAAGGCCUCGGUGGGGAAAAUUAGCGUGUCGUCCGACUCGGUGUCCACCCUCAACAGUGAGGACUUUGUGCUGGUGUCCCGGCUCGGGGACGACACGCCGUCCACUAAUAACGGUAGCGAUGACGAGAAAACAGGACUCAAGGUGAUUUCUGAGGAAGGGGUACGCUUGAAGAUUGUGGGGAACGGUAGUGAGCAGCAGUUGCAGAAGGAGCUGGAGGAUGUUCUGAUGGACCCGUCGGUUGCUGAGCUGGCGGGAGGCGGCGGCGACAUGGCCGCAGGGGAUCGUGGGUACCCCACCACAGCAGCCCCGCCUACUCCACAGAGCCCCGCCCCUCCCAGCAGUGCUCCACCCAGCGCCCCACCCAAAUUGGAGAUGGUACUGCCAGUCCAGUCGUCUCAGGAGAGCCAACUGAACGAGCAGUCAUACAGGGUUGAGUCGUCGGAGGCGAGCCCUCCGCCGGAUGAGGACAGUGUGGUGUUCAGCAAGCUGACGUACCUGGGCUGUGCGUCGGUCAACGCCCCGCGGAGUGAGGUGGAGGCGCUGCGCAUGAUGAGCAUCCUCAGGAGCCAGUGCCAGCUCCCGCUCGACGUCACGCUCUCUGUGCCCGUGGUCUCAGAGGGCACCGUCAGGUUGCUGGACCCUCAGACAAGCACAGAGAUCGCCAACUACCCCAUCCACAAGAUCCUGUUCUGUGUGCGUGGCCACGACGGUACUGCGGAGAGCGACUGCUUCGCCUUCACCGAGAGCCACCACAACACCGAGAUCUUCCGCAUCCACGUCUUCCGCUGCGAGAUCCAGGAGGCGGUCAGCCGGAUACUCAUCAGUUUCGCCACGGCCUUCCGACGGUCAGCCAAUAAGCCUCCUCUGGCAGCGCAGGCCCCGCCCCUUACGCCAGACAGCGAUGUCUUCACCUUCACCGUUAGCCUGGAGAUCAAAGAGGAUGAUGGGAAGGGAACCUUCAGUGCCGUAUCCAAAGACAAGGACAGGCAGAGCUUCAAGCUGCGCCCAGGCAUGGACAAGAAGAUCGUCAUCUACGUGCAGCAGACGUCCAACAAAGAGCUGGCCAUUGAGAGGUGUUUUGGCCUGUUGUUGAGUCCAGGCAAGAAUGUGAAGAACAGCGACAUGCACCUGCUCGACCUGGAAUCAAUGGGGAAGAGCUCAGAUGGGAAGUCCUACAUCAUAACGGGGAGCUGGAACCCAAACACUCCUCAGUUUCAGGCUGUCAAUGAGGAGACACCCAAAGAUAAGUUCAUGUACAUGACGACGGCGGUGGACCUGGUGAUCACAGAGGUGGAGGAGCCGGUGCGUUUCCUCCUAGAGACGCGGGUGAGGGUGUGCUCGCCCAGCGAGAGGCUUUUCUGGCCCUUCAGCAAGCGCUCCUACACUGAGACCUACUACCUGAAGCUCAAACAGCUGGAGCGUAAGGAGCGGAAGAGCAACACAGACACGCUGUAUGAGGUGGUGAGCCUGGAGAGCGAGUCCGAGAGGGAGCGCAGGAAGACCACGGCCACGCCCAACCUCCCGCAGUCCGCCUCGCACGCCGCCAAUGUGCCCUCCCCGCCUGAGGAUGAGGAGGAGGAAGAUAACGACGAGCCCCUUUUGAGUGGCUCUGGGGACGUGUCUAAGGAGUGCGCUGAGAAGAUCCUGGAGACGUGGGGAGAUCUGCUGUCGAAAUGGCACCUGAACCUGUCAGUGCGGCCCAAGCAGCUCCCCGCCCUCGUCCGCAGUGGCGUCCCUGAAGCCCUCAGGGGCGAGGUGUGGCAGCUCCUCGCUGGUUGCCAUAACAACGACCACCAGGUGGAAGAGUACCGGACGCUAAUCACAAAAGAGUCGCCUCAGGACAGUGCCAUCACCAGAGACAUCAACCGCACAUUCCCAGCCCACGACUACUUUAAGGACACAGGUGGCGACGGCCAGGACUCCCUGUACAAGAUCUGCAAGGCCUACUCUGUGUAUGACCAGGAGAUUGGCUACUGCCAGGGACAGUCCUUUCUGGCAGCUGUGCUUCUUCUACAUAUGCCAGAGGAGCAGGCGUUUAGCGUGUUGGUGAAAAUCAUGUUUGACUACGGUCUCAGGGAUCUCUUCAAGCAGAACUUUGAGGAUCUGCACUGCAAGUUCUUCCAGCUCGAGAGACUCAUGCAGGAGUAUAUCCCAGACCUGUAUGCCCACUUCCUGAACGUGGGUCUGGAGGCGCACAUGUACGCUUCACAGUGGUUCCUCACCCUCUUCACAGCCAAGUUCCCCCUCUACAUGGUGUUCCACAUCAUUGAUCUGCUGCUCUGCGAGGGCAUCAGUGUGAUCUUUAAUGUAGCGUUGGCCUUACUCAAGACGUCUAAGGACGACCUGCUCCAGACAGACUUUGAGGGCGCGCUGAAGUUCUUCCGGGUCCCAGUGCCAAAGCGCUACCGCUCUGAGGAGAACGCCAAGAAGCUGAUGGAGCUUGCCUGCAGCAUUAAGAUCAGCCAGAAGAAGCUGAAGAAGCAUGAGAAGGAGUACCACACCAUGAGGGAGCAGCAGGAGCAGCAGGAGGCCCCCAUCGAGAGAUACGAGAGGGAGAACAGGCGGCUGCAGGAAGCUAACAUGCGUCUGGAGCAGGAGAAUGACGACCUGGCCCACGAGCUGGUCAGCAGCAAGAUUGCCCUGCGCAAGGACCUGGACAAUUCUGAAGAGAAAGCGGACGCUCUGAACAAAGAGCUGCUGAUUACGAAGCAGAAGCUGGUUGACUCAGAGGAUGAGAAGAGGAGACUGGAGGAAGAAUCAGCACAGCUGAAGGAGAUGUGUCGAAGGGAGCUGGACAAAUCUGAAUCAGAAAUCAAGAAGAAUGGUUCCAUCAUUGGCGAGUACAAACAGAUUUGCUCACAGCUGAGCGAACGUCUGGAGAAGCAGCAGACGGCCAACCGCGGUGAACUGGAGAAGAUCCGGCUGAAGGUGCAGGGCUGUGAGAAGUGCAGUGGGCUCUUCAGUAAGGAGGGCCGCCUGAAGGUGGCGCCGGUGAGCAAGCCAGGUGUGGACGAAGACCCGGACCAGGAGAAGGAGGAUCUUCAGAACCAGCUCAGGGAGAUGGAGCUGGAGCUCGCCCAGACCAAACUACAGCUGGUGGAGGCAGAGUGCAAGAUCCAGGACCUUGAGCAUCACCUGGGCCUUGCCCUCAACGAGGUCCAGGCGGCCAAGAAGACCUGGUUCAACCGCACGCUGACCUCCAUUAAAACGGUGACUGGAGCCCAAGGCAAGGAGACCACCUAACCAAGAGCACAGAGAACGACAACGCACAGAGAGGAGGGAGGGAACGAGGGAGAAUAAAAACACAACAGAAAAAGACUGCUUUACCUCCCUCCCUCCCCCUGACUCCCCCCUUCCAUCUUUGGUCUGUAGUGCCUCCCUUCUCUACCAGACCAGGAUCAAUGAAAACCAACCAACCACGUUUGCUUUUCUUGUCUUUCUCUGCGUCUUUUCUUUCCUUUCUUUUAUUGUUUUUUUUUUUUUUUUUUUUAACAAAUGAACUUGUAUUGCUCGUAGUGGUCAGAUUGGACUGGAAAUUACAUUUCGAAAUGAACCAAACCAGUGAUCCGUUGGUGAAGCUGGAGAGAGCGAUUUAACUCCUGGAUCUUUAGACUACUGAUAUUUAACAGCGUAUAGGAGGGAGGCCUGGGCUGUCUAGAGCACCUGUGCCGCCUCACCUGGGAUCAUAGACACACUCCAUCAGCAGCACUACAGAUGCUGACCACACACACACACACACACACACACACACACACACACACACGUCUCCAACUGAAGCAAAGGUACGAGCAUUAAAACACCAUCUCCUCACACUGAUUUUUGUUACUCUGAUUUCCGUUUGACUGAUGACGUUUUCAUUUCUUCUGACAUAACCGAAUGCGGGGUGUGUGUACAGUAUGUGUGAGAGCGAGAGAAUGAAAAACAUGCAGAUGAAUGUACAGUAAGUGAGAGUGGUUGAUUUGUUUUUGUUGUUAUUUUGGUUUUAUUGUGAAGUGGAAGAUGCAAAAAAAAAAAAAAAACAACUAAUAUUUUGUUUUUGCUGACCGAGUCCGUUGGAGGAAAAAAGUACUUUGAUGAAGCCUUGAUGCACAGAAUUUAAGUAAUGAGGUUGACCAGAGAACGGUGAAAAGAGAUCAAUGUCCACAAAGCAUUUUUAGCCAUCGCCAUAGCAGCAUCAGUAUGCCCUGGUAACAUCAGUAGCAGACAGCACUCCAGAACUCUUAGCAUGGUUCUACUCCUCUGCUGUGGGUGCCAGGCCUCCCCCUCCUGACUAACCCAGACGGCUGCACUGAGACAGGGAAUACACUCAUUCACACACACAUUUCUUUAUUUCCUUUUUGAUGACCUCUUAACAUCAGUGCCGGGGCAGCAGAUGUAAAAUAGCCUUUUGGUUAUUUCUGGCGAAAUUACAGUUGUUUCUUUAUGUGCACUUUUCCUGUUAAAUAAACAUUAAAAUAAAUAAAUACAUAAAAUGAACAUAUACAGUAUAUACCUGUACACUAGCCACCAUCUGAGCUGUAUGGUUGUUCUACCUGUCUCUGUCUACCUGCUGAUCCACUGGCUUAGGAUGGGAUAAAGCUACUCUUACAUCACCACAGAUAGAGCAGAGAAGAUGGCCUGUGCGUGUGUGCUUCUCUGCAUUUAGAUCUAUUAUCUACAGCACUUAUUAGCCCAUGAUGGACAAAGACGUUCAGAUGAAACUUAGAAGAAUGGACUAAAGAAGGAAGGCAGACGAGAGUAGGGUUUGCGUGUGUGUGUGUGUGUGUGCGUGCGUGAGAAAGAGUGUGUCCAAGUGUGUGUGUGUCUAGGAUUAUGGGCGUUUGUUCACUCUUGAGAACUGAACAGGGGUGGGGAAGGAAGGUCUUUGCACCUUACACAUAUUUAUAAAGGGGUGGGGGGGGGACCCAGCUUGCUUUGGAACCGACACCGUCAUCAGCGGCAGCGCCUGUGCCUGAGAUGACUUACUCAGAGUUCUGUCCCUGAAGGCACUGACGCCAACUUCAACUUGUACAUAAGAAGCCUAACAAAGUUUUUUGUUUGUUUGUUUAUUUUGUAUUUCUACUCUCCUUGGUAACUGUACUAAUAUUGCCUAAUUGUACUGUGUUUAAAAAAAAGAGAGAUGAUGACUCUUUAAUUUUUUUUUUUUGCUCAACAGCAACAAGAGAAAAAAACAACGCUUUUUUUCCCAUCUCAUGUCAGAAACUGCUGUCACAUCUAUUCCAUGCCAAAAUGUACCUUCACCCGACAUUACCAACGUGUGGACAUUGUACUAGUGUAGGUUGCAUUGUGUAUACAUCAAGAUUUCAAUAUAAAGCUAUGACCACCUGCCA